UCAGACUGCAGUCAGAAAUCAGCGCCUGGCCUGAUCCAGCAGCAGCAGCAGCAGCAGCAGCAGCAGCAGCAGCCUGCAGUCAGACCCCAUCACCCCGCCAGGCUCCAACAGGACCGGGAUCUGCUUUCUCCAUCGAUCCGACUUAGGAUGUGGAAAUAGAGAGACUCAGUCUGAGCCCCAACAGGUGCCUCCCAGCAUGGACAGGAUAGGGGUCUCCUUCCUGGACCCCCUGGAGGACUACGAGCUGAUCCACCGGAUUGGUUGCGGAACCUACGGAGAUGUGUUCAAGGCCCGCAGCAUCAGGACAUCUGAACUGGCAGCGAUUAAAAUCGUCAAGCUGGAUCCUGGUGAUGACAUCACAUCCAUCCAGCAGGAGAUCACCAUGAUGAAGGAAUGCAAGCACAAAAAUAUUGUGGCCUACUUCGGCAGCUAUCACAGGAACACCAAGCUGUGGAUCUGCAUGGAGUUCUGUGGGGGGGGAUCGCUUCAGGACAUGUACCAAGUGACGGGUCCACUAAAAGAGAAACAGAUAGCAUUCGUGUGCAGGGAAACCCUUCAGGGUUUAUAUCACUUGCAUGAAACAGGCAAAAUGCACAGAGACAUAAAGGGAGCUAACAUCCUUUUGACUGAACGAGGUGACGUCAAGCUGGCUGACUUUGGAGUGGCAGCAGAGAUUAGCGCUUCAGUGGCCAAAAGAAAGUCUUUUAUUGGAACUCCUUACUGGAUGGCUCCAGAGGUGGCUGCAGUGGAGAAGAAGGGCGGCUACAACCACUUGUGUGAUAUCUGGGCUGUUGGCAUCACUGCCAUUGAGUUGGCUGAGCUCCAGCCGCCCAUGUUUGACCUCCACCCAAUGAGAGCAUUGAUGCUGAUGUCCAAGAGCAGUUUCCAGCCUCCAAAAUUAAAGGAUAAAGCCAAGUGGACUGCAGGUUUCCACAGCUUUGUGAAGAUGUCUCUCAAUAAAAACCCCCGUAAAAGACCCUCAGCAGAGACACUGCUGCAGCAUCCGUUUGUGACCCAGCUGCUGACCCGGAACCUGAUCAUUGAGCUGCUGGACAUGGCCAACAACCCAGAGCUACACAGCGCUCUCACACACAGCAUCGAUGACAGCGAGCUGGAGAUUGGGGAAAUGUCUCCAGACAAGAUUCAGUCAGCAGGAAAACAUCUGUCUGUAGAGAGGACCCUGUCUGAAGAACAAUUUGACCAAAUAAAGUUUGGACGUCCACUGAGAAAAGUCACAGAGCCUUAUCCUGACUUGGGCUCCUAUGAUGACUGGAGCAUGUCUGGAGAUGAAGAUAACUCACCGAGCCUGUUGGAAUGUGUGGAGCAAGCCCUGCAGAUGAGGAGUUUAACGAUUGCAAGAGCGCCAUCUGCUGAUGGAGGUAGGAAGAGCGGUUUGUUCAGUCCGACAGCCUCACUGCCGGCCUUCAGCUCUUUAACUUCCAACACAGAAGACAGAGACCUGACGCUGAGACCGGCCUGCACACUCGGCCCUGACGCGGCCAUCACAGCCGACUCAGGCUCUGCAGCAGUCUUGUCCAGGUGUUCUGCCACACAGGACAUCAGUCAGCGCUCCAGUGUCCCAUGUUUGCCACCACAACACUCUGUAGUAGCAGAGAAAAGGAUGGCUUCCUGCCCCAGAAGAGAGACGCCGCUGUCUCCAGAGUGGAGCACGCUGCGGAAAAAGCCAGAGGACUCAAGAGCUGGUUGUCAUGGGCUUCCUCCCACCCCUCAAGUCCAUAUGGGAGCCUGCUUUACUAAAGUCUUCAACGGCUGUCCUCUAAAAAUCCACUGUGCUGCUACCUGGAUCUUACCCAAAACAAAAGAUCAAUACCUGAUUCUUGGAGCAGAGGAAGGAAUUUACACAUUGAACCUAAAUGAACUUCACGAGGACACACUAGAAAAGCUGCUCCCUCAGCGAUGUACGUGGCUCUAUGUCAUGAAUAAUGUGCUGAUGUCUGUGUCAGGAAAGUCGUCGCAGCUUUAUUCCCACAGUCUAACGGCUCUGUUUGAACAGAAAGGACAUCUGCAAAAAAAACACGGCAGCUUGUCUCUCAGUACCAAUCGCUUCACUGAGAGGAUCAUUCCCAGAAAGUUUGCCAUAUCUGUGAAAAUUCCAGACACUAAAGGCUGCCGGAGAUGUAGUGUGGCGAGAAACCCCUACACAGAGAGUACCUUCCUGUGUGGGGCGGUUCCCUCCGGCCUGGUGCUGCUGCUGUGGUAUGAGCCUCUCCAGAAGUUUAUGCAUCUAAAGCACAUACCAGUGCGACUACCAGAGUCUCUGCCAAUAUUUGAGCUUCUGGUUCUGGUGACAGAUGAGUUUCCCCAGCUUUGUGUGGGGGUGAGAGAGUCUAAAAAUGAGGAGAGUCCAACCAGCCAGCAGCUCAAGUUUGAUAUAAUCGAGCUGAAUGCUCCUCCUGCUUCAGUGCCAGAUGGUUGCGCCCUCCGAGCUGUACAGGUAACCCAGCUGGACCGAGAUACAGUUCUGAUUACAACUGAAAAAACUGUAAAGAUAGUGGACCUGAAAGGGCUUCCAUCCAAAGAGCUAGCAGCUGAGAUCGUUUUUGACUUUCCAAUUGAAACACUAGUCUGUUUGCAGGACAGUGUGCUGGCUUUCUGGAAGCAUGGCCUGAAAGGAAGGAGUUUCCAUUCGGAGGAGGUAACACAGGAAAUCACAGAUGAGAGCCGAGUUUUCCGAGUUUUGGGAACAAACAGAGACAUCAUCCUUCAGAGUACGCCGACAGACGACCCUUCAGCGCUGAGCAACCUGUACAUCUUGACUGGUCAUGAAAGCAGCUACUGACCUGGAAAACAGGCUGACUUCUUAAAGAACAAGAACCAGAAUGUUCUACCUGCUCAAGUUUAAGAAGCGAUUCCCUUUGCAUGGAAGGCGGAGAAGACCUUAAUACCAUCGGCUCACAGCAGACCCCUACUGGCAGUUUCUGCAGGGACACGGCUCCCAUCCCACAUCAAGAGGCAUGUUGCUAAGAAACGGUUGUACAACUUGUCAGUUUGUUUAAGGAAUGGCACAGCUGAAGCAGCAUCAGCAAAGAUUGUGAUCUAUCUUGCCAACUGUAGUCAUAACACAACAGGGGGAAAUGGGACCUUACACCAGAAACCUGGGUUGGAUAUUUUCAGUCCCCCUUCAGACACUGUGACCUACAAUCUCCUGUUUUUUUGUAAUAAGAGAGUUUAGUUGUAUGAUGAAUUGGCACUUUAUCCAGAAAGUGAAGGGAACAUUUGCUUCUUUAUCUGAGAAAUGCUAAAAAAUAAAUAAAUGGUGCAGUCUAUGGUUCUGCUUCCUGUGUAGAACUGAAAUGGACCUCAGUAUCUCCAUGUCAGACCAAAAUAACUGGGAUGAUUUGGUAUUUCUCCAUUUUAAUGUUUUUCUUCUAUAUGCUGAAAUUUUUAUUGAAGGGUUUAACUGAAUCAGAGUUUGUCCACAGUCCUAACAACCUAAUGUGUAACAUCACAAUUUUCAGUAAAAAUAGCCAGUUCCUUAAACAUUGGUUCAGUUGAGGUAUAAUUUGGUCCACAUGGAAACUAAUGAUUGGUAUGCAGAUAAUUUCAUUUGUAAAGAGCUGGGAUAUCUAGAGAAGAACCAGAGGGUGUAGACGCUGUCAGCAGGGAUGGAGUGAUGAGGCUGCAAGCUGUUUCUCUCUCUCUCUCUCUCCCUGUCUCUCACGCUCUCUCUUUUCUUCCUCUUUUUCAAUGUGUCCUGUCUGACAGUGUGGCACUCAGAAUUGUUGUGUGACUGCCAAAGUGAAGCCAAACUGAUUUACUUUCACAAGUGGAGCGUUGCAGAUUUUGCUUUAAUGCUCCAUUAGAUAUAUAUAAAAGUUUAUUAGAAAAUGCUUUGAGUUUAUUUCAAUUCUAACAUGGAGAUAGAAAUAGAAUUCAUUGAAAGAGGUGAGCCAAGAUGGUUUGGACAUCUGAUCCUCUUGGUGCCUUUCUCUGAAUUAACCUCUUUAGAAUCAUAAACUUCAUGUUUAUGAUUGCCAUCUUUUGCCAAGUGCCAUCUUUUCUGAAUAAUUAUCCAAAGACUAAAAAUAC